AUGGUCAAACCAGAAAAAUUUGCAGAUGAGGAGGGCGAACAAGGAGCAAGAAGAACGUCGGGGUUUAAGAGAAUUUUCCUCACUGGUGGGCUAUUAGCAGUGCUUUUAUGGGGAACUUCGUUCUUAUUUUCUGUAAUUAAUCAAUUUCAAUCGAAUAGAAUUGCAAUUCAGGAAUAUGAGCGCCUUGUUAGGUUGAAUCAUACCAAUUUAUUGCCCCAGGGACUUCGUAAGGAUUUCUUUCAAAGACCCAUUUUGGAGGAUGGCAAGAUUCCCUUGAAUCAUAGCGCAGUGACAGAUUAUGAGUUUAAGGUGAACACGAAGACGUUUCAAUGGUUUCAGGCUAGGGGAGCUGCUGAAGGUGACAAAGGAACUUAUCUUGAGCAAGAUGGAGAUUUGUUUCUUAUGAAAUCUAUUGUCAACGAAGAUUACGAGGUAGUUCUUUACAAUGGUUCUUCGUUUGAUUUCAACAAUAAUUCAUAUCAAAUAAACCUGUUCCUUGCCUCUCCCGAUUUGAAGAAGGCUCUAUUAGUUACCAAUCGAAAUAAAAAAUGGAGGCACUCUUCUACAGCCCUUUAUUGGGUCUUGGACCUUUCCAGCAGCGAUAUUUAUCCACUUAAUGGAGAGGAUGAUAGAACAUCUGCCGCAUCUUGGUCGCCUACGUCAAACCACGUAGCAUUUAUUUCUCAAAAUGAUAUUUACAUCCAUGAUGUCUUAACUAAGCAAACCGAACAGGUUACUACUGAUGGUAGCACGGAAGUCUUCAAUGGUAUCCCAGACUGGGUUUACGAAGAAGAAAUCUUUGGAACAGAUAUUACCUUGUGGUGGUCUCCUGAUGGUACUAAAUUCACUUACUUGAGAAUUGAUGAUAUUCAUACUCCUGAGUACACUAUUCCAUUGUAUGUACAGAGAAAGGACCAGGACUAUCCAGACAAUAUGAAACUCAAAUAUCCAAAGCCUGGAUUCCCAAUACCCAUUGUCGAUGUAUACCUUUAUGACUUGAGCAAAAAUCACUCAACCUUGUUGGACUUACCCUCAAAGGAAAUCAGUGAUAGGUUGGUAAAUGAAAUAUUUUGGGUUCAUGAUUCUGUGUUGGUUAAAACUACAAAUAGGCUGAGUACAAUUUUAGAAGUGUUUUUAGUGGACACUAAUACUCUUGAGAGCCAACUCGUAAGAUCAGUGAAAACUUCAAAUGAAUGGAUCGAGGUAAGUUCUAAUGCUUUAUAUGUACCGAGAAAUGAAUCUUUGGGUCGUAAGCAAGACGGUUAUAUCGAUACAGUUUCAUACAAUGGUUACCGUCAUUUGGCUUACUUUUCGCCUCCAAAUGCUAGUCAUGGUAGGCCAUUGACUAUGGGCAAUUGGGAAGUUGUCGAUGGUGUAGCAGCAUUUGACCAAAGCUCAAACGAAGUUUACUUUAAAAGUACAUUGAAGUCUUCUAUUGAGCGGCAUUUUCACUCUAUCAGUUUACUUGACUCGCAAAAUGCAAAUGGACUUCCGUCUAUUAAGAAUAUUACAGAAGGAGAAGGAUAUUACUCGGGAUCUUUUUCGUCUGGAUCAAAGUAUUUGCUUUUAAAUUACCAAGGACCGGACGUCCCAAACCAAAAGUUGUUUGAUUUGCACAGUGGUAAAUAUGUUAAGACUAUUGAGGACAAUGCAGAAUUGAAGAAAAAAUUAAACAACUACGCCAUUCCAAAACCGUCCUAUCAGAUUGUUACUUUAACGGAUUCUGAGACGAAAGCACAGUUUAAAGUGAAUGCGCUUGAAAUUCGUCCCCAUAAUUUCGAUCCAUCGCGUGAGUAUCCCGUAUUAUUUUAUGGUUAUGGAGGACCGGGCCUGCAGUUGGUAAGCAAGACCUUUUCUGUAGGCUUUAGUGCCGCAAUUGCUUCGGAACUUGACUGUAUUGUUGUUACUGUUGAUGGAAGAGGUACUGGUUACAACUCCUAUAACGAUGACUUGGGCCUGAACUUUCAGUUUAUUGUUAAAGAUAAUCUCGGAUAUUAUGAGGCAAAGGAUCAGAUAGCCGCUGCUACGUUAUGGGCAUCAAAAGAUUAUGUUGAUAGCAAACACAUCGCUAUAUGGGGAUGGUCAUAUGGGGGUUAUCUUACAUUAAAGACUUUGGAAGCUAACAAUCCUCCAGUGUUUUCCUUCGGUCUCGCUGUGGCCCCUGUUACAAGUUGGCAUUUUUAUAAUGCAAUAUACACAGAAAGAUACAUGGGUUCUCCUCAUGACAAUACCCUUGGGUACAACGUAUCUACUGUUCACAAUAACAUCACCAAUUUCUCACUUGCCAAAAAAUUCUUCUUAGCACAUGGCACGGGUGAUGACAAUGUUCAUAUCCAGAAUACAUUAAAGCUAGUGGACGACUUCAACCUCGAAAGCAUUGAAAACUUCGAACUCAUGGUAUUUCCUGACAGCGAUCACAGUAUCUCCUAUCAUAAUGGAUUCAAGGUAAUCUAUGGCCGUAUCACCGACUUUUUCGGUCGUGCUUUCGCUGGAGACUUCGACUAA